AUGUUGGCACUCAAUAAAGAAUAUUUAGAGCAACAUAGCCAGUUUAUGAAUGACUCUUUCUUGAAGUUAGAAGAUGAAGAUACAAGAAGUUUUACAUCUGUAAGUGUUGUAUCGAUACCAUCAGACCAAGUAUUAACAAACUAUCCUGAAAGAGAUUAUACUUCUGUUGCCUCAAAAUUUGGUAUUAGUUCAAAAUCUGCCAAGAGGUUUUAUUAUUUUUUGUGUAAUCAGCCAACAGUGUCCAUUGUUAAAUAUGUCUCUGUCAAAAGAGAAUUGCUCAAUUCUACACAAUUGGAAAAAUCUAUUACAUCUACAGCAUUCAGAAGGAAGGGAAAGAAAAUACUGAAGACCAAAGAUUACACUUCAUGUACCGUAAAAUGUAAUAGUAUUUAUAAUGAAAAUGCAACUAGCAACUUGAUAGAAAACGAACCUUUACUGAGUAAUGAACCAUUGCAAAAGAAGAAAUUGACUAAAAGAAUAAAACAAAACAUUCACAAUUAUUUAAAAACUUUGAAAAGCUCUCAUAAAGUUUCUUUGGAAAAAAAACUUCAUCCUUCAAAACUAUCUAAUAAUACAGUAUUUGAUUCAGAUGAAGAAUUUCAAAUUUUUAAAUUUAAAAAUUGCCAAAAGUUUGCUGAAAAGGAUAAAAUUGUAGCUAAUCCAUUUUCAAUAGAUGAGCAAGCACGAACCAGUUCUCCAAUUUCUAAAAAGAAAGAAUCCUUUUGGACCAAGAAGUUUGGCAGUAUUAAAAAUGCCAGGCUCAGAAAAAAAACUUUUUUCAACAAUUUUAAAAAGGAAGAUGAAAGUAAUGUAAUUGAUAAUGAGGUUCAAAAUGAAAAUGGUCUUGUACAAACAAAUGAACAGGUGAAUAACAAACAUGGUGAAAUUAGAAACGAAGAAGGUGUAAGUGCAAAAAUGAAAUGUAAAAGAUCUCGAAUCUAUAUUUUAAGUGAUGAUGACACUGAUAGUGAUGUUGACAUUAAAACAUAUGACAGCUUAUCUGUAAACUGUCAACAAGUUAAUGCAAAUAUUGAAAAUAAUCUGAACCAAAGCAAUAAUCAAUUAAGGCCUAUUAUAUCAUUUGGUGAAGGAUAUGACCAAUAUGAAAAUGAAGAUAGAGAUGAAGAAAGAUCCAUCGACAAUAUUAAAGAACAAGAUAUUCAUAUUCAAAACAAUGUUAUUAAUAAAUCUGCAGCUUCUCCUGAAUCUAUAAUAAUUAAAAAAGAAACUAUUUUCACAACUAAUAACAUGCGUGAUAGAGAUAAUGAUGACAAUUCUAAUGAUAAUCUUUCAGAUGAUCUUUAUGAUUAUGUUAAAAAGUUAGACUCCCCAUCUGAUGAUAGACUAGUAAUAGAUUUUACUCCAACAUCGAGCAUUGAAUCAUCACCAAUUAAGAAUGAUUCUACCAAGUUUAAAGGGAAACCCAAAAUAAAAAGUGAUACAAAAUUAUCCAACCCUAUAUAUAAUAUUCCUGUUCGCAAAAAAUACGAAAAAUCAAGUCUUGAAACAUCUCCAUCUCCUCUCAAUGUUUUUGCUGAAAUCAAUGGAGUUGAAAAACUUAGUAAUGAAGAUAAUUUCAACCAACCUGAUUUGAAUGGUGUGAAUCGACAAAUUAAAGCUAUCAGUGCAACGCCAAGAACAAGAGGCUUAAAAGCUAGUCUACAAAAGGUGAAGUGUAACCUCAACAAUAAGGAGAGUGUAAAAGAGUACCAUAAUGCCAAAACUAAAAUUACAUUUGGUAAUGAUGUAGAUGAGAGCUUUGAUGAAAUUUGUCAAGAUAUUACUGGUUUAACAAAUAACGAAAGCAUCACAUUAUAUAAAGGCAGUGAAGAUGUAGAAGAUUCGACUAACGGCAUUGUUUUGAACUAUUAUUCAAAAAGAAAUACUCAUAAGAAAGAAAAUUCCAUGUCAUUGUCAGUCUUCAAUAAUAAUGUAAGUGAGACACAUAUAUCAACACAAAUAGACCCAGAGACUACAUUGCCAAUAACUUCAAGCAAAGCUUUUUCAUCUAAAUUGAGUGGUUCGAAUGACCAGGAUAGAACAGCCACGAGGCCGACUAGAUCAUUCAAAAAACUCGUUGAUGUUCCCAGAAUUCCACGCAAAAAUUCGCAAUCAAAUAAAGCUAGUUCAGUUUCUUUGUCAGAGCUUAGAGAUCCUCGCUUAAAUAAAUCACUCAGCCCAAACAAAUCGCUUAGUGUGCCUGCGACCGAUGUGAGAGUGACCAGAUCUAGUAUCCAAAAGUCGCCUGGUAUUUCUUCUGCUGAUCCGAGAUUAACGAGAGGCCAGAGUCGACCAAGAACGUCCGAUCCAACUACACCUACUAAAAUUUUAUCGAGAAUAGAAAGUGAUGAGGAAGUCACAAUCGUGGAUCCGCGAUUACGUAAAAGAAAAGAACGUGAAGAGGCCGAGAGAGCAGCAAAGCUUGAACAGGAGCUUUCCCAGUCAAACAACAAUGCGUCGAUUUCAGAACCACAACUGUCACAAGUGUCUCAAUUUGGACAAAGUUCACCUGCUGCAGAAAAGAAACGUAGCGUAUUUCAAAGGCUUGGUUCAAAAGAACCGUCGCCUGAACAGAAUUUUUUAUUAAACAUCAUCAAAUCUAAGAAGUCUACGACGCUAAUUAAAUCUCAUAGGGGUUAUGAAACAGAUGAUGACAACAUCUCUUUACAUCCUGGCAUUUCAGAUUUUUACGAGUCUAGCGAUGAAGAUGAUAACGAUUCAAGUCCUCGACAUCGGAAAUUUGAGUCGGAAAGAUAUCGGAAGACAACUGUAACGUCAGAGAUUUCAUCAGCAUCGUCAAUAAUGCAAUAUGCGCCACAGCAACACAGGCUUUCAGCAAAACAGCGAGUAGGAGCAAGAGUGGGAGUACCGGUCGCUUUGGGUAAUCGCCGAGCACCAACCAACGCGCUUCGCGCUUCAUCAACGCUCGCGACGCCGAUCAAGACGACAACGGCAGCAAACUCACUUGCCAAUCGACUAGGAACGCAACCGGCGUCUCAACUACCAAGGAUACUACCAUCAACGGCAAAUGCAACGAUCGCGAAUGUACCGCCUCCGAACUUGAAUGUACCUCCACCGCCGAUAAGAGUGUCUAACUCACAAUUCAGAGCUAACUCCCCUUUCAACGUAGACUCGUUUUACCAAAUGAAUACGGAGCAGAUGAUGCAAGAUCAAGAUAAUUUGAUAAUGGAUACGGAUGAACAUAAUGUCUAUUUCGAUGGAAAUGAUAACAUGCCUAGUGAGUUUGAUCAUCGUUCGAUCCUCGACAAUAAGCCUAAUACGACGAUCAUUGGGCUUAGUGAUCCAAAGUUCACUUUCUUCAACAAACAAUGUUACAAGUUGCUUCGCGACGGCAAGUGCAAAAAUGAACUCACCACCUGCAAAUUCCAACAUCAAAUUUAUAUGUUAUUGAAAAAGAUAAAAACUAACGAUCCUCCGUUUAUCAAAGCAAUACUUGAAACAUCUAUCGACCAGAAUUUUGAUUAUUAUCUUGAUAAAGUUUGGAAAGAAAUGCUACCAAUAAUCAAAAAUGAUGCCUUUACAAUUUUCACAAAAUUGUAUAAGGCAGGUAAACGCAGUCAACAUUUCGUGAUUGAACUACUCAGGUACAGUCUAUCAACAGGUGCAUACACUGUAAAUUCCUGUCUCGAAAAAAUUGCACCUAUGCUUGAAGAAAAUGAUUCUGUAACGGUGCAGGCUAUCUGCAUGGCAAUAAAAGAUAAACUGGAGGAUGGAUUUUGUUGGGAAACGAUCAAAUGCAUCUGUACAAAAGCUGCGCCACCGAGUGAUAUCGUAGAGAUCAUUAUGUUGCAGUGUUUGAAAAGGAAGAAAGAUCGUAAUCAUAUACUAGAAAUAGAUAAACUCAUCAAAACGAAGAUGAUUGCAUAUGAACGAAAUAAAAUAGGUCAAUCAUUAAAGAAACAAUUUGAGGAAUUGGUAACCAAACAAAAUCCUAUGGUCAAAGAUACUGAAACAUUAGGUACAAUGCCUUUGAUGAAUGUUACGAAUAAUUUAACUAAUGGCAAAAAUUUUCAACGGGAGUCAGUUAAUGCAUCGAAAAUAGUCAUUCAACGAAAUGCCAACAGUAUUAACAGUACUGUUAUAAAGACAGUGCCCCAGACUCCACAAUCUCCAGACAAUACUCCUAAUACUUCACCAAAUGGGAAUCCAUUCCAAACUCCUGAGAAAGAUGAAAGUACAAAUUUUACUCAGUACACAGUUAAUGAAGUUUCCGUACCAGAGCCUAAAAGUGUUUUUAGGGAUAAAUUUUGGAAACUUUAUGCAGCUGUGGAUAACGUAUCGAAAGGACUGACUCACAAAGAUUACGAUUACGUUUGGGAACAGCUAGAUAAGUUUUGUCAAGAACCUAUGCCCAAUGAAAUCUGCAAAAGAGGAAUUUAUCAAAUCCUUUGUAAAAAUGUGAAAACUUCUGAGCAACAUCUCAGUGAAGUACUCAAGAGAGCAGCAAGAAAAUCAACGGAAAAUACCACUCGCUUACUCUUUGAAGUUGCUAUGCACGCCCUUGUCCAUUUAUGUGACAACGGCUUAUGGGUGAUGGCUGCGGAGCUGUUGAAAAAUAUGACGAUAUUUCAGCCUGACGUUUCGCACGUCACUUUCGUUCUUAUUAGCGCUGAGAUACACUUAGCUAAUAGUGAACCAAUAGAGGCACUCUGCUUAUUGCAAAGAACAAAGGUAAUCCGUACUAAUCGGGAUGAAUGGCUCGUGUCAGACAGUAAAAAAGUUGAUGAAAAACAUCGUAAUAAAGUUGUCUUUAUUUUGCUGCAAGCUCUAGCUCAUGUUGAACCAGAAAAAGCUGUGUUCUUGUAUAAAGAACUCAUGGCAGAUCAAUAUAUUUACUACUAUCCUAUUGAUCUGUCUCGUUAUUUAGAUAAGCUUACUUUACUAUUAUUUGUGCAUAGGAGAUUGGAUUUAGCUGUAGAGAUUACUAGAUUAGUUAUGGCUAAUGACAUGACAUUUCAAAAACCGACUUAUCAAGAGAUUCUGUCUAGGUUGCUUCCGGUAGAUGACAUUUUGGUGAAUCAGAUUUUAGAUUAUGCUGUUCACCUGGGAUAUUACCCAGACAUUAAUAUAAGACAAGGCUUUACAACGUUGAUCAUUGAUGUAAAUUAUACUGAAGAAGAAAUUUAUUUGAUGUUGAAAAGAUUAAUACGUCAAUUAACAAUAAACCUUGGACCAACGAUACCGAGAUUGAAAUCAAGUCAUCUGAAGGUUAUCUUAGUGUUCGAAGAUAUACCAACUGGCAAGCGGCUCUACAAAGAUGAAACUGUGACUUCAAUUAAUUUGAAUAACAAUAGACAAAUGAGAUCUCUAAUAUCUGAUAUAUUAUCUACACGGUUUGAUCCUCCAAUAAAACUUUCCCAGUCAAAAGCAGAUAGAUUUUGCAAAAUAAUGAGUAGAACGCUUGUUAACUACUUGAAACAUUGGCAUUAGAUACCAAUUUCUUAAAUUUUUAAUGUAACUAGAUGACUUAUGCUAUGAGCAUAUUGAUUUCGUGUUUGUAAUUUUACACGUUUUUUUUAUUUAACGUGAUAUUUUUUUACUAUUUUUUUCUUUUCGAAAAAGCAUGCAUUUACUUCGCUUUUGUGAUUUAUAAGAUUAACUUAUAAAAUGUUUGAAAUGUCUAUGUUAAUUAAGAAAAAAAGAUCUUUGAAAGUUAAUUUUCUUAUAUUUAACGUUUAAAUUGAAAAGAAAGUUUAUUUUGAAUCGUUUCAUGUACGAUUAAAUCAAAGCAAUGUAAUUGUUUUGCUGUAAUAUAGAAACAGCUGUAUAUGUAACUGUUGAAAUUUUCGCAGAUGUUUAAUUUGUUGUUUUUCAAAGCGGCUGUCAAUAUCAUAUAAAGUUUAUUAACA